GCACAGUAUCUCCGGCGUUGAUCAGACACAUACAUUUCUCGUACGCGACCCCCGCGAACCCGGUCGAGUAUAAAUCCCGCUGCUGGAGCUAGCUCGCAUGCAUUAAUUUUGUACACCUCAUAGGACAGGUACAUGAGUUUACACCUGAUACGCUAGUGCCGAUCAUCACAAAAAGCUGAGCAGCGCCAGUACCUCUCAGAUUGCAGUGAAGUGACAACGCAACAGAGGCGCGAUGGAAGUGGACUUGCUAACGGCGCUAGCCAUCGGCGCCAUUAUCCUGCUGAUAUUUCACUAUAUGUCGAAAACCUACCAAUACUUGCUGUCGAAACCGAUACCCUGCCCAAAGCCGACGUUUUUCCUUGGCAGCACCGGUCCGAUGAUGCUCCGCAGAAAAGACGUUAUGACUCACGUUAAAUCGUUGUACAAUACCUUUCCGGAAUCCAAAAUUAUGGGCUUCUACGACCUGAUGAAACCGAUUAUCAUGUUGCGCGACGCGGAUGCUAUCAAGAAGAUUGGCGUGAAAGAUUUCGACUUUUUUAUGGAUCACACCCCUACGAUGACCAAUGGCGCGGCGGACGGCGAGAUCGGUGGAGAGAGCCUGUUCGGUAACUCGCUCUUUGCUUUGCGCGGUCAGAAGUGGAGAGACAUGCGAUCGACGCUGAGUCCGGCGUUCACCGGAAGUAAGAUGCGUCAUAUGUUCGAGCUGGUGGCGAACUGUGCCCGGUCGAUGGUGGAUUUUUACACUUCGGAAGCGAAAGCUGGGAAAACGUUAGAAUUUGAGAUGAAGGAUACUUUUUCGCGGUUUGGAAACGAUGUGAUCGCAACGGUCGCGUUUGGAAUUGAGGUGAACUCGCUGAAGGAUCGCGAUAAUGAGUUCUAUUUGAAAGGAAAACAGAUGCUGAAUUUUCAAUCGAUUAUGGUGCUAGUUAAGUUUCUGUUGAUGAGAGGUAUGCCGCGGUUAACGCAAAAACUGGGACUUGAUUUCAUUGACUCGAACCUGGCGGGUUACUUUAAGCAAAUGAUCAUUGAAAACAUGAAGCAGAGAGAAGUGCAUAAAAUCGUUCGUAAUGAUAUGAUUAAUAUGCUGAUGGAAGUUCGGAAGGGUUCAUUGAAGCAUCUGAAGGACGAACAGGAUCUGAAAGAUGCUGGCUUUGCCACCGUAGAAGAGUCCAGUGUUGGAAAAACUACUCACACUCGAAUAUGGACCGAAAACGAGUUGAUUGCACAGUGUUUCCUAUUUUUCCUAGCUGGAUUCGACACCGUUUCUACUGCUAUGACAUUUUUGACCUAUGAACUAACAAUCAAUCCGGACGUUCAGAAUCGUCUAUAUGAAGAAAUUGAAAGAACCAAUCAGUCGCUGAACGGCGCUCCUCUCAGCUAUGAAAUCCUCCAAAAAAUGGAAUACAUGGACAUGGUGGUUUCGGAAGCCCUUCGCAAAUGGCCUCCGGCUGUCGUGUCUGACCGUUUCUGCACAAAGGACUACCUGUACGAUGAUGGCGCCGGGACUCGUUUCACCAUCGAGAAAGAUCAAACUAUUUGGAUUCCUACCAUUGCUAUCCACAAUGAUCCAAAGUACUAUCCGAACCCUGAAAAGUUCGAUCCGGAACGAUUCAACGAGGCGAACCGAUCGAAGAUCGAUGCCGGUGCCUAUCUGCCAUUUGGAGUGGGUCCGAGGAAUUGCAUUGGCUCACGAUUGGCGCUGAUGGAAGUCAAAUUGAUUGUGUAUUAUUUGCUGAAGGACUUUAGCUUCCAUCUGACCGAGAAAACGGAGGUUCCUUUACGGAUGUCGAAAAAUCUGUUUGCCCUACAGGCGGAGAAUGGCGUGUGGGUGGAAUUCAAGCUGAGGAGUAGCUAAACUGCGUAGCAAGAAGCGUUUCGUUGUAGUAGGUUGUUUAUAAAAUAUUUGAAUGUGGUUAAAAUGUACCAGUCAUAUAUUAAAUUAAUUCGACAAUA